GCGCCCGAGCCGGCUCCGCGCGUCCCGAGCGGCUGGCGGCGCAGCAUGGGCGGCCCGCGCGCCUGGGCGCUGCUCUGCCUGGGGCUCCUGCUCCCCGGGGGCGGCGCCGCCUGGAGCGUCGGCGGAGCCCCGUUCUCCGGACGCAGAAACUGGUGCUCGUAUGUGGUGACCCGAACCAUCUCAUGCCACGUGCAGAACGGCACCUACCUUCAGCGCGUGCUGCAGAACUGCCCCUGGCCCGUGAGCUGCCCAGGGCACGGCUACAGGACCGUGGUGCGACCCACCUACAAAGUGAUGUACAAGACGGUGACGGCCCGCGAGUGGAGGUGCUGCCCUGGGCACUCGGGAGCCAGCUGCGAGGAAGUUGCAGGCUCCGCGGGCUUUGUGGGCCCUGGGUGGCCAGUAAGCAGCACGCGGCGGAUGGCACUGCGACCCCCCAGCUUCUCAGGCUGCCUCAACUGCAGUAAAGUGGCCGAGCUGAGCGAGCGGCUGAAGGAGCUGGAGGCCAAGGUGGCCGUGCUGACUACCCCAGAGCAGCCAGCAACCCCCACCCCACCUGUCCCCGAGGACCCUGCCCCGCUCUGGGGCUCCCCAGCUGCCCAGGGCAGCCCCGGGGAUGGCGGCCCCCGAGAUCGAGUUGGCAUCCGGGGGCUUCCUGGUCCCACUGGCCCCAAGGGCGACAUGGGCAGCCGGGGGCCCAUGGGCAUGCGAGGCCCACCAGGUCCCCAGGGCCCCCCUGGACGCCCUGGCCAGGCUGGCGCUGUGGGCACCCCCGGAGAGAGGGGACCUCCAGGCCCACCUGGGCCUUCUGGGCCCCCAGGGCCGCCAGCUCCUGUUGGACCCCCCUAUUCCCAGAUCCAGCACGGAGACCCACUACUGUCCAACAGCUUCACGGAGACCAGCAGCCACUGGCCCCAAGGACCCUCUGGGCCCCCAGGUCCCCCAGGGCCUGUGGGCCCCCCCGGACCUCCUGGGCCUGUGGGCCUCCCUGGCAGUCCUGGCCACGUGGGACCCCCAGGCCCCACUGGACCUAAGGGAAUCUCUGGCCACCCAGGAGAGAAGGGCGAGAAAGGGCUUCCGGGAAGAGGUGCCCUAUCAGUGGUCGUGUCCUCUGGUGGGCCAGACUCACUGGGGAGCGGAGAGGAGCCGCAGGGGCAAAGCCAAGAGGCCAGAGAGAACCUGCGGGAGAGUUCUGCAAGGUUAGCGCAAGAAGGUCUGCACGAGUACAGGUUACACGGAGGGGCAGGGGCAGUACCUUUCCUGUUCCUGGCUCCACUAGGAGGGCUGGGGAGGGGGGGUUGCUGAGGCUGAGGCCAGUCCUCAAAAGAGAAAGGGAUCUCUGAGCCCCGUUUUGCUGUGGCGGAGGUCCCAGUCAUACCCUGGUAUCUUUUACAGAAGGGAAACUGAGGGCCACCCAGAACCAGCCAGGGCUGGAGCCACGCCCCCUCCCUGUUGCCAGGCCCGAGGGCAGGUGUGAGAGUGCGGAUCCCUGGGGAUCCCUGGGUCUUUUCCCCGGGGAGCUGCCUGUGCGUGCAGGGGGGGCUGAGCCUGCACAGUAGCAUGACCUCGGGGACAACGAAGGUUACAAACUUACUUGCUUGCCACUCCCUUUUGCAGAGGAAAAAAAAAAAAAGAAAGAAAGAAACCUACCUUCUUUAAGCUAAGAAAAAGUGCCUUCAGUGGCACCCAGGUUUACCACAGCCCCCACGAACCAUCCUGGGCCUCCCUGGGAGGGUGGGAGGUAUCACCCACAUUGGGCAAGCCUGGACUAAAGGAUGUAGGCAAGAAGAAUCACUUGUUCCUGUGAGUCUUGCAGAAGCUUUCUGAAGUCCCCGCCCCCCCAACCUACCCUCCCACCCCCCACGGCCCCCAGCAGGGUUCAUUUCUCAUGCCCUCCCUCCCUCCCAUCAGCUGCCAGGACGUCUCCCAGGCCCGCCCUUCUCAGCGGGGAGACCCAGGGCCACCGCUGAGGGACAGUGCUCUUUCAUGUGUCCCUUACUGCCCUCAGGAGCUAGAGGGGCCCGUGCAGGCCCCGGAGCCAGCCUUAGGGUGGUACCCCGCCCAGAACCCACCUUGCUGUGCUUUGCCAGGAGGCUAGUGGCCCACAGGCCAGGUGGGGGGUGUCACAGAGAAGGAAAUGGAACCUUCCCCAUGGGGCCACUGUUCACAACAGCAAACUGUUGCACACACACUGGCCCGUGUAGGGGGCUGACCUUCAUCACGCCGUCCUCACAGCAAGCCGGCCAGGUAGGUGAAACCAGGCCCAGCAAGGGGAGACACAGGGUCAGGAGCGACCCCGAGUCCCUGGGGAUCAGAGACCUGAGCCACCCUAGGCCUGUUCUUACGUUUCAUAAGCCACGCGCAGAGGGACCCAGAGAAACCAAGGUCCCCAACCUGAUGGUGUUUGAACAGGACCACGGACCAGCUCUGAUCCAGUCAAAAGCACCUCAGCCGAGUGUGUCUGUCCACCCCCUCGCUGUUUCGGCGACAGCCGUCUUCUGUUCCCGCCAUCUUGAACGUUCAGGGUUCGAGGAUGUGCUCAAGGCUGGGUAACUGGGCCACCUGGAGCCACGACUUGACUCACUGAUGCUGGAGCCUGGGCUCUCUGCCGCCGGCAUCCCACCCCCCCAAGCCUGCCAGGGACGACUCCUGAGUGCAGAGCCAGGAGUCAGCCCUGAGCACCGCUGGGUGUGGCCCCAAAAACCACAAAAGGAAAGAAAUAUUCCUUGACUGUCAACAUGUGCCUGCUCUAAGGCCCCACAUCUCCGCCUGGGAUAUGCUGCCAGAAGACAUAUCCAGGUCCUCUGCAGUACCCUCAGUGGGAAGCUGGUGCCCCCUAAAGUCAAGCUCUGUCCUGUGAGCAGGGCUGGGGAGCUCGGUGAAGCCCUUGCCCAGAUGCUCAGGGUUCAGGCUGUUCCCCUCCCCCUGGAAAUGCAGCACAGCCGACUGACCUGACCCGACCUGCUUGUUUAACUUUGAGAACAGCUGCAGUGAUAGUCACAGGCUUCCCAGAGGAGGUGGGGCCCCCCCUGGGUUUUGAAGGAUGAAUAGGAGUUUUUCAGGGCCCGUGACUCAGUCCCAUACAGCCUAACUGGAACUGACUUCAAUAAUUACUGGAGUUGGAGAGGACUGUCCACUUGGUUCCAGAGAGGAGACAGCUGAGGCCCAGCAGAGAUCUGACUUGUCCAAAAACAUAUGGUCGGUGGUAGAGAUCAGCCCUCCUUAACUCAUAAGUGACCUAACUAACCCAAGGAGAGAAGAAGAAUCUGUCCCCUGACCUUGGCUUACCCAGCUCUGAAAUGGGAAUGAUUCAGCACACACCUCCAGCCCAGAAUGUGCACAUCGAGAAAGAACCUCACUUCUCAUGUUCCGAACAUGUUGAGAACUUCACAAAUACGAUGGUUUGGGCUGGAGCAAUAGUACAGUGGGGAGUUUGCCUUGCAUGUGCUGACCCGGGUUCCAUCUCCGGCAUCUCACAUGGUCCCCUGAGCACCACCAGGAGUUAAUUCCUGAGUGCAGAGCCAGAAGUAAUCCCUGAGCAUCACUGGGUGUGGCCCAAGAAAUAAUCAGAAAAAAAAAGUGUGUUCAUCUCUCCGGCCUUGAGGGGAAAUCCAACAGCCCGUGUGCCCCUUGUGCCGGGGAAGGCAGGAACCACCUGCAGGGCACCCACCCCGUGUCACUGCUCUGCUGGUCAGUCAGGUCACCAGGGCACGGUGCAGGACCCUUGCACUCAGGCACCUCACUAACUUUGC